AUGUGUUAUGUGCAUGUGUUAUGUGCAAGUGUUAUGUGCAAGUGUUAUGUGCAAGUGUUAUGCGCAAGUGUUAUGUGCAAGUGUUAUGUGCAUGUGUUAUGUCAUGUGUUAUGUCAUGUGUUAUGUGCAUGUGUUAUGUGCAUGUGUUAUGUGCAUGUGUUAUGUGCAUGUGUUAUAUGCAUGUGUUAUGUGCAUGUGUUAUGUGCAUGUGUUAUGUGCAUGUGUUAUGUCAUGUGUUAUGUCAUGUGUUAUGUCAUGUGUUAUGUGAAUGUGUUAUGUGCAUGUGUUAUGUGCAUGUGUUAUGUGCAUGUGUUAUGUGCAUGUGUUAUGUGCAUGUGUUAUGUGCAUGUGUUAUGUGCAUGUGUCAUGUCAUGUGUUAUGUCAUGUGUUAUGUGCAUGUGUUAUGUGCAUGUGUUAUGUGCAUGUGUUAUGUGCAUGCGUUAUGUGCAAGUGUUAUGUCAUGUGUUAUGUGCAUGUGUUAUGUGCAUGUGUUAUGUGCAUGUGUUAUGUGAAUGUGUUAUGUGCAUGUGUUAUGUGCAUGUGUUAUGUGCAUGUGUUAUGUGCAAGUGUUAUGUGCAAGUGUUAUGUGCAAGUGUUAUGUCAUGUGUUAUGUGCAUGUGUUAUGUCAUGUGUUAUGUGCAAGUGUUAUGUGCAUGUGUUAUGUGCAUGUGUUAUGUCAUGUGUUAUGUGCAAGUGUUAUGUGCAUGUGUUAUGUGCAAGUGUUAUGUGCAAGUGUUAUGUGCAAGUGUUAUGUCAUGUGUUAUGUGCAUGUGUUAUGUCAUGUGUUAUGUGCAAGUGUUAUGUGCAUGUGUUAUGUCAUGUGUUAUGUGCAAGUGUUAUGUGCAUGUGUUAUGUGCAAGUGUUAUGUGCAAGUGUUAUGUGCAAGUGUUAUGUCAUGUGUUAUGUGCAUGUGUUAUGUCAUGUGUUAUGUGCAAGUGUUAUGUGCAAGUGUUAUGUGCAUGUGUUAUGUCAUGUGUUAUGUGCAUGUGUUAUGUCAUGUGUUAUGUCAUGUGUUAUGUGCAUGUGUUAUGUGCAUGUAUUAACAAUUAA